ACGAGGAUCGCACGCCACACGACGUCCAGUCCACCGGCGCCAUCGAAACCUCACCGACGUCUCUGUCCGCGCUGCAGAAGAGAGCUGCCGUUGUCGUACCCAUCGAGCUGACGUCCACUGCACAAGUCGACACGGUUUCGGUCAGACGCGACAAACGAUCCGACAACUACGGCCCGACUUGUCGCACCGCGUAUUUCGCGAUACCGUACACACCCGCGACCGCGAUCGCCGAGAACACGCGCAACAGGCGGCCCGCUGCAGCGUUUCCGCGUGUAGUCCGUGCCACGAGCAAUACGACAUUACCUACCCCUAUAUUGUCGUAUUACACUUGCGUAAUCAGACGCUGACCUACAAACGGAACUCGUUAUCGCAACCAGGUCGCCCUUCUACGUGGGGUCGUCGACGAUCCUACAGUAGCAGCAUCAACAGCUCCGGUCGUAACCACAGAACCGCGGCCCGACGCAGCCAUACAAUGAUAUUUUCGAAAUGCCAGUACGCGGCGUUCACGUUAUUACUGAUUCAGAUGAGGGUGCUGUGCCAGGAGUCGAUCACCACGGAAGGAGGCGUGGUGGUGGGCAGCGGCGCCGGACCGACGGAGCUCUAUCCGAACGGCGAGGAAGGUGUCGACGACGUGGGCAGAGAGAACUUGUUUGUGCUCAACGAUACCAGGGAAGCUUUGUCUCACGACGGUAGCGAACACAAUUCCGUGCUGUUCGUCGGUGAUAGUUAUGUGCCAGUCACAACUCAGCUCCGGUCCAGACCCAUAUCGCCGGCCGACUCGCCCGUGCUCGAUUGGAGACUGCAAACCGUUGAAAGUUGGGACGGACGGCGGCACGGCAACAACAAGACGCGUGUGCAACACAUCGAAGCCGAGUGCCAAGACGAUUACAUGAAAAUCCGCAUCGGUUUCAACGGCUCAUUUGGCGGUCUGCUGUACUCGUCAGGAUAUUCAUAUGACCCGGAUUGCGUUUACAUCAACGGCACUGGUCGGGAUUACUAUGAGUUUUACAUACAGCUAAACCGUUGUGGUACCUUGGGAAAGAACUCCAGACAAGAGGACGCCAGGAAGAACCCAGCGAAAAAUCUCAUGUGGAACACCGUAACCGUACAGUACAACCCGAUGAUCGAAGAGGAAUGGGACGAACACUUCAAGGUGACCUGCGAAUACGGCUACGACUUUUGGAAGACUGUGACAUUUCCGUUUUUAGACGUUGAGGUGGCCACCGGCAAUCCAGUUGUCUUUACGCUGUCACCGCCCGAGUGUUACAUGGAAAUACGGUACGGAUACGGCACCACAGGAAACAGAGUGGGUGGACCCGUGCGAGUGGGAGACCCGCUGACUUUGAUCAUCUACAUGAGAAGCAAAUACGAUGGUUUCGAUAUUGUGGUGAACGAUUGUUACGCACACAACGGAGCGCAGAAGAAGAUUCAACUUAUCGAUCAAUACGGGUGUCCCGUCGACGACAAGCUUAUCAGUAGAUUUAGAGGAUCGUGGAGUGAAAGUCAAGUGUUUGAGACUCAAGUGUUCGCCUAUAUGAAAACGUUCAGGUUCACCGGGUCACCGGCACUUUACAUUGAAUGUGAUGUCAGGAUGUGUCACGGCAGAUGUCCGAGUCAACCGUGUCACUGGAGGAAUGCCAAGAGCGUAUCGAAAAGAUCCACCGACGUAGAGGUAGCAACUACACCCGCGGCCCUUUCGCAGAACAUCAACUUGUUCCAGUCGUUGAGAGUGCUCCAGGAGGGUGAGAACGGUGAAGACGCAAGUGCACUUAGCAACAAGACCACCGGAUACUACACGGACAACAGCCAGAAUUCAGUGUGCGUGCGGUCCGGUUUACUGGCCGGUCUGCUAGCACUCGCCUCCACUGUGUUGUGCUUCUUGAGCUUGGCGCUGACCGUCAUGUGUUACCGGUCCAAGCGGCUGGUCAAAGGAUGCGCCGACGAUCCUGCGCAUCACGUGAUCGCGGCCGCGCCGGCGAGAUGUUUCCUCACGCACAAGGGCAGAAUAAACUGACGGGAGUCGACGUAGGUCGUCCGACGCCGGGGAGGGGGGGUAUGGCAAUAGCAGCCUUUAUUUUUUACAAAAUAUCGUCAGGUAAAAUACACUUAAAAUAAUGUUAUCAUUUCAUACAUUGUGUAUACAAUACAAAACACUCCUAUCACCACUCGCAUCGAACAUAUAAUAAUAAUAAUAAUUUCUACAUAUACAUAUAUUUUUUUUUUAAAAUCACAAUCAUUAUUAUUAUUAUUAUUAUUGUUAUUAUUAUUAUUGCGUUGUUAAUUUUGGUCGGGAUAUUAGACGCUUCAGAAAUACUAGAUUACCAUAUUUUUACGGUAUUACAGUGCAUACAUUUUUGGAUGGUCCGUGUGAUCAGAUCGCGUGCAGUCAGAACGAUUCGUAUUYAUUUGAUGUAAGAAAAUGUUAAAAGUAUUAUGUUUCGCAUACCUACGUGACGGUCAGAUGACGUUUUUCCUGAGUCACUAAUCCGUUCUACAGGGUCUCGUCAUUUUCGUUCAUCAUCUCUAUAAGAUUAUAAUAUAUAAAAUACGUUUACCUACCUCCAAGUGUCGAAUCGUUAUUUUUCUGCUGUUGUUCGACUGAAUAUCUCUCGUCCAGUCUGUGUAGUAUGUGCUAAUAUCUGUCUGAAAAACGCGAUGAUUAUGAUGGACGACGACGACGACGACGACGAUGAUGAUGAUGAUGAUGAUGAUAAUAAUAAUAAUAAUAAUAAUAAUAAUAAUAAUAAUAAUAAUACAAAUAUUAUACUGUCCCUCCGAUCAUGUCUCGUUGCAGGACAGAUAAUAUUAUACUUUAAUUAAGGUUUAAUGCACUAUUCAUACGAAAUCAACGACAUCUUUAUGUAAUUUUUUCAAUUAUUAUUAAUAAUAAGAAGAGAAUAAACUAAAAUGGGCCAUACUAAGUAAAAAAAAAAAGGUAAUAAAUAAUAUUUUAUCAAUUAAUUCAUAUACUUACUAUAAAUUAUUAUACUAUAUAAUAUUAUGGUAGUUGCUAUUUUYCAAUAUUCUAUGAUAAGCAUGCAACAAAUGCGUUCAUAUUACGUAAUUAAUUCUCGAAAACAUAAUUAUUAUAAUAAUAUAAAAUCAAUCUCCGGUYGGUGGCUUUUCUAUAUUUUAACAYAGUAUCAAAUAAUAUAUUAAAUAAUUCUUUCACGCCGUCGACGGAACGAAGGUUUUCCGUACUCAGAAUAGACGUUCGCGAUAAUAUUUUGAUUAUUAUUAGCCGUUAUUCAGUUUCUGCGACKAAUGGCCAAUUUGGUUAGAUACCAACCGUGAUAACAACGUUCAUAUGACGUCGUGACCUCCAUAUCAUGUUAUAACUCCUGGGUACGCGAAGACAUAUAGGUACGAAAUGCGAAAUAAUUGCAUCCGUGACGGACAGGUUUUAUCGAGGUUUCAGCACAGCGAGUGUAUCGUACCUCGUAGUUCGCGGUUGAGAGGAAUAAAUCACAUCGAUAUCUUCACUAGAAAUAUAACCUAUUAUAGGCAUACUAUACGACGCAGUCUGAUCAUGAUAUGUAUUUUGCAAUAGAAAAGGGCUGAAUCACACGCGCAUAACUGUUUUCGCCGCCAAACCGACAGGAUAGAAUAAUAUGCUCGUUUGCCCUCACACGACGAAAUUAUCAGUACGUUAGUUCUCUAUCGACCUAUUAUAUAGGCACAAUUAUUAAUAAUUUCGCUCUCGCUCGCCAUUCCUACAACCCUUCAUCGAUUCGYUAUGUUUCCUCUCACAUAAUGUGUCAUUGUCGAUCAAUUUCGGUUGCACAGACAAGACGAAAUCUGUUUUAAUAGUACCUACCUGGAUAAACAUUAUAUUGUAUAAUAAUAUUGAACACAAAGUAUCUAAAGUCGUAUCUUAUAGUAUUAUAUAUUUUAAUAUUGUAAUGUUCUACUAUAAUACCUUAAAACUGUUAUAUUAAUAAUCCGUUACGUCGUCAUUACAUUAAUGUUAUUGUCAUUCGUUUCAAUAGCUGAUGAAUAACUUAAAAAUGAUCAAGAAUUUUUCUUUUCACUUUUCGCUUGUAAAUAUUCAGAUAAUUUUAUUAUUAUUGUAUUAGAAACGUCUUCUUAAGUAAGUUAGAAGUGUAUUUUAAUAUAUUAUAGUAGAGUUAUACAUACAUAUUAUAUAUCUUUUUUAUUCAGUGUUUGUGCGUGCGUAAACACGUUAUGUUAGAACAACCUCUAUCUAACGAGCAACUAAUUGAUGCGAGCGACUAGAACGUGUAAAGAUUAUGAGUGCCCGGAAAGGCGUUAUUAUAAUAAUUAAUUUUCCAAAAUCAUUUUCCAAGGCAGAAAAAUUAUUUUUUGCGUAGUUAUGAAGGGUAAAUUAAAUUUUGGUAUCGAGUAGUGUGGAAAUAUUAUGUCUGUAAGAAAAUAUUAUGUUGUGCUCUUUAUAUAGGGGUUGUACUAACAGACCUAUUAGUUUUUAAGCUCUGUACAGGGCAUUUAGUGUUUUUGCUAUAAAAACAAAAUGCAUUUUUUUAUAUUAUAAUU